GGAAGUUCCUUAUACUGUAUUUGGUUCAAACUUCCACCUUCGUAGAAGAACGUGGAGAACUGCAAGCUCAAGAGAGAGUUUUUUUUAAGAUGGGGGUUAGGGAGAGCACGGAAUCUGUGAACUAGUUAUUGCCGAAUUCCUUCGUUUCGUGGCGAAAUUAUAAAGAGAUAAAAGUUUUUGAGAGUUUAAAAGCAAUAAGAUUUUUGCUAGGGUAAUUGUUAUAGGUUGGAGGAAUGUCAUGGCAUAAUGGGACCGAAACUACUCCACGACAAGAGAAUGUAAAAUGCGUCGUAGUUGGCGACACAGCAGUAGGCAAGACGCGCCUGAUUUGCGCCCAAGCUUGCAAUGCAUUCCUCACUCUUCCACAGAUGCUAGCUACCCACAUACCAACAGUAUGGGCCAUAGACCAAUACCGCAUUCAGAAAGAGGUUUUGAGAAGAUCUUGGAUGGUAGUGGACGGAGUUCAUGUUUCUUUACGGCUAUGGGAUACUUUUGGAGAUCAUGAAAAGGACCGAAAAUUUGCUUAUGGAAGGGCUGACGUUGUUCUUCUGUGCUACUCAGUUUCUAGUCACCAGUCUCUAAAAAACUGUAAAACAAAGUGGUAUCCUGAAAUACGAGAAUACUGCCCAGAUACACCGAUUGUGCUCGUUGGCUGUAAAAAUGACCUACGUCAUAUCUACAGGGAUGAAGGUUUUUUGGAGUUGUGUCGGGAAAGGAAUCCCUUCGCUCGAACGAUUCAGGAGAGGGACAUGGUAACUCGCGAACAAGGACGACUGUUAGCGAAAGAAAUUGGCGCUACAUAUUAUGAAACAAGUGUAUUCACUAGAUAUGGAGUGCCUGAAGUGUUUGAGAAUACGAUGAGACUGGCCCUCAUUGGACGAAGGCAACAAAGGUUCUGGGUUAAGAGCUUAAAAAAUGUUCAAGAGCCUAUGCUUCAGAUGCCAUACUGUCCUCCGGAACCCGAAGAACCAAAAAUCAGUGCCCUUGAAUCGACGUAUGAAAUUGAUGUUGUUUCUUUGCUGGACAAAGAAUACGAACCAGACGUCAAAAUAAUUGUUGGAUCAAGAGUAUUUCAUUCCCAUAAAUUCAUAUUGGCUGCUGCCUCAUCAUAUUUUCAUCAAAUAUUUAUUUCAUUAUCAGAAGUGAAAGUGCAGCAAGGAAACAAAUAUGAAACCUUGACUGCAUUUAAAGAAUUCUCACCCAGCACCAUAUCAUCUUUCCUCAGAUUCGUUUAUAGUGGAGAAGUUGGCACUACAUCUUACAUUGAUUUAUCAGAGCUUCAAGAGGUGGCAGAAAUUACAAGUAUUUUCGAACUGAAGGUUUUGAUGCAAGAAAUCCAGAGUGGAAAUGAUAUCUCAGAAAUAGAAAUAAAGAAAAAAUACUUGGAUAAACUUAUAGUAAACUUGAAAAAGAUUUGUCUGCAAUCUCAUCUGUUUAGUGAUGUCAUAUUUGAAGUAGAUGAUGGAAAAUGCCAUGCCCAUCGUUCUGUUUUAAUGGCUCGAUGUGUCGUAAUGGCUGCCAUGUUUGGAGGCGAUUUCAGAGAAAGUUUUACUGACGUUAUUCCUUUUCCAGGAGUAUCAACUGAAACGUUCAGUCAGUGCCUUCACUAUCUUUAUACGGAUUCCAUUCACGAUAGCAUUACUGUCCAUAACUGCAUAGCAAUAAUAGAACUAGCAAAUAGAUUGUGCUUGCCUCAUUUCAUCUCUUUGAUAGAAACUCGUGUUGUUGAGCAACUGAAUCUACUGAAAUUGGAGGAAAAGGAUUUGAGUGAUUUGGUCUUGUAUUUGCUGGAGCAUUGUCAGGUGCAUAAUGCCCAUCAACUAUCAGACUGGUGUCAGUAUUACAUUAUCAUUAACUAUGUAGCGAUGUCCAUUAAAUAUCCGAAGCUUCUGCGAUCUUUGCAUCCUGAUAAUCAAGCCUAUUUAAAUAAAAACAGAUGGCCGCCUUUACACUACCUUAAAGAACAGGACUACUAUGAACGCUGCCUACGAGAGAGAGAACAGAAGGAAAAGCCUCCGAAGUUUCUUUUGUGGAAGACAGCAAAGAAGAAAGUGAACGAAUGUUUGAAUUCUACAAAUAGAAACAAACAAUCUGCAGAAGAUUCAAAGCAAGCUGAAAUGGCUAUUAAGUCUAAUGAAAAUUAAGCAAUUCAUAUCAUAUUUCCUUUUGUAUACAGCUGAGUUUUGAUUUCGUGUAUUUCUACAAACGCAUGAAAUUUUAUUUUUAUUAAAAGAAUUUGAAAUUAAUUUGAACAGUGUUUUACUUACAAAUACAAAGUGAACAAGUUUUAAGCGCUCAAUAACUUAAACUUCAGUUUAUUAUUG